AUAUAUAGGGUACGAGUGCGUACGUAGUAUGUACAUAUGUAUUUAUAGUAGUAUGACAUAUGAAACUGAAAUUGAGUAGCACUUAUUAGUAAUGCCAAAAAACUCUCUUCGAAGUCCAAUGAGCUUUUUCGAAGAUGAAUUUCGCAACAAAGCGCUAUAAAACCGGCAAAAGUGUCUUUGGCGGCACAAAUAAGGUAAAGCAUUAACUUCGCUAAUAACCACAUUUGAAGCACAAUAUGACACAGACAAUACAAAUGACAAAUGAACAACUUCGUCAACUCAUUGAGACUGUGAAAUCGUCUGCAGUAAGUGCAGCUGACAAUGCUGUGUUCACAAGUGGAGAUGCCUCCAUGGCAAAGACAAAGGGCAGCUUCAGCAAUUGCACACAUCGAUUUGGCGGCAAUCGAAGCCGCGAUGAGGUGGAGGAAUUCAUAACGAAUGUUGUCACCUUCAAGGAAUUGGAAAUGAUCAGCGAUGAGAACGCCAUGAAGGGCAUCUCACUGCUCUUCUAUGGCAUUGCUUCCACUUGGUGGCAAGGUGUUCGGAAGGAGGCAAAGACCUGGAAUGAUGCUAUUGGUCUCAUUCGCGAGCACUUCUCGCCUGCCAAGCCCGCAUACCAGGUCUACAUGGAUUUCUUUGCAAAGAAACAGUUUGAUGGCAUUGCCAUUGACACUUUUGUGGUCGAGAAGCGUGCACUGCUCGCUCAGCUGCCAGAAGAUCAACACAAUGAAGAGACAGAACUGGACUUUCUAUAUGGUCUGUUGAAUAUCAAGUAUCGCAAACACAUUACUCGGCAAAGUGUGAAGACAUUUCGGGAUCUUCUUGAAUUGGGUCGUGUUAUAGAGCACAAUAGUCAGGAAGAUCAGGCUGAAGCAAGGGCUGCAGUUCCAUUGCGUUGUGCUCGUCAUGUUGAGCGCUGCACUCACUGUAAUUUCCGUGGUCACCGGCUUGAGAAUUGCCGCAAGCGUCAAGCUCAAACUGCGAAUGUUGCAGAAGGUGCAAAAAGGCUACGAGAAGACAUUACAGCUUAA